GAUGUUCCACACUCCUAUUGUGCCUCGCGCGAGGAAGAGGUCAAGGCCGGCCGAAGCAAGCGCUCCCAGGCGUGAAAGGGUGAAGUUUGAGGAUGUCAGGCUGUACCUGGUGGAGAGGAAAAUGGGCCGCAGCAGGAGAAGCUUUCUGACCGAGCUGGCCAGGUCAAAGGGCUUUAUUGUGGAAGACGUCCUCAGCGAUGUGGUGACUCACGUGGUGUCGGAGGAUAGCCAGGCCUCAUCUCUUUGGGCGUGGCUAAAAGGAGGGCCUGUGAAGAAUCUGCCCGUCAUGCACGUUUUGGACAUCAGCUGGUUCACUGACAGCAUGAGAGAGGGGAAACCUGUUGCUGUGGAGACCAGACACAUUAUACAGGACACCUUGGCUGCAUCGCCAGAAGCUACAGCACCCACACCCGUGUCCACGGUGUCUCAAUAUGCCUGCCAGAGACGGACCACCACAAAGAACAACAACAAGAUUUUCACGGAUGCAUUUGAAGUGCUGGCAGAGAGCCAUGAAUUCAAUGACAUGGAGGGUCCGUGCUUGGCCUUCAGGAGGGCUGCAUCUGUGCUGAAGAGUCUGCCCUGGACGGUGCAGAAUUUACGGGUCACAGAAGACCUGCCCUGCCUGGGGGAACACUCUAUGUGUGUCAUAGAGGAGAUCCUUCAACACGGCCGUUCGUUUGAAGUCGAGAAAAUACUCUCGGAUGAAAGGUAUCAAAUACUAAAGCUGUUCACAAGUGUGUUUGGGGUUGGACCUAAGACAGCUGAGAAGUGGUACCGCAGAGGGCUGCGCUCAUUCAGCGACGUUCUGGCGGAGCCCGGCAUUCAUCUCAACCGGAUGCAACAAAGUGGUUUUCUGCAUUAUGGAGACAUCUCCAGGGCUGUCAGUAAAGCAGAGGCCCAAGCCCUGGGGAACAUUAUUGACGAAGCUGUCCGUGCGAUCACACCGGACGCCAUACUCACACUGACAGGUGGCUUUCGCAGGGGGAAGGAUUUUGGCCACGAUGUAGACUUUAUCGUGACCACACCACAACUGGGGAAGGAGGAGCGUCUUCUCACCAGCGUUAUUGAUAGACUAAAACAGCAAGGCAUUCUUCUCUACUGUGAAUACCAGGCCUCUACUUUUGAUGAGUCGAAGCUUCCCAGCCACAGGUUUGAGGCCAUGGACCACUUUGCAAAGUGUUUCCUGAUCCUGCGUCUGGAGGACAGCCAAGUAGAGGGAGGUCGCCAAACUGCUGAGGAAGACAGGAGAGGCUGGAGGGCUGUACGCGUGGACUUGGUGUCUCCACCUGUGGAUCGCUACGCCUUUACUCUUCUUGGCUGGAGCGGCUCCAGGCAGUUUGAGAGAGACCUGAGGAGGUUUGCUCGAAUGGAGCGGCGAAUGCUGUUGGACAAUCACGCUUUGUAUGACAAAACUAAGAAAGAGUUCCUGGCAGCUACAACUGAAAAGGACAUCUUUGCCCAUCUGGGUCUCGAGUACAUCGAGCCUUGGCAGAGAAAUGCGUAGGCCUCCGCUCCUCCUUGGCUGGAUGAUACCCUGUGCAUACAUCAGUGUUUAUCCCAUCUGCUUGCCGUUAUGUGGCUCUCCUGUGAUUCACUUUCAAACAGCUUUUGAUUUCCAUACACUUUUGUGUUGUUGUUGUUGCCAAUAUUGUUGUUGUCUAGAUUACAUGACGACGUGUGAUUCAUAAUUCUGCUUAUUCACUAUUGUCUGCCAGCAAAUAAACAUUCUCCCGUACCAUUCACAGGCUCCUGUCUCUAAGUGUUGUAAUCAUAGGCAGGAUAAAAAGACUAAUCAGUCAGUAUGAAUCGCCUGGGGUGCCUGUGAGGUGCAGGAGAAAGGGAGCCUGAAAGAAACAAGGCAGUAAAGGGGGUGACCACUGAGAAAAAGGGAGGGAGAGGAAGAAGACAGGAAACGAUGAGAAAAGUGAGGGGGAAGGGAGCUCUUUGUCGAGCAAAAUGUUGUAAUCACCCUCCUCCUGGCAGGAAAGUGCUCAGUGUGAAGCUGAGCCAGGUCUUUGGGGGAUUGAGAGGCGGGUAAUGAGCUUCAGAUAGAGGAGCGUUCCGCGUCGCCAUUUAGCCUCCAUUUAAGCCUACGUCCACUGGAGAUCAUUUAGCUGGCAUUCCCCUAUCCAAAGACCAGUCGUCUCCUUUCUUUGUUCCCCGAUGAAUCCACUUCCCCAGAUGCUUGGCUGAAAUUAGAGGCAAUCAGCUAUAGUGGGAAAUCAGGAAGAAUUCAGAAGGAAGGUAAACGAGCUUGCUGAACACACAAAUGGAGUUUGGCUGCCAAAGCGAUUCUGUCUCCCCAGCAUCCAUUAUCUUAUUGCUUUGACUUUGCUUAUGUUUUAUGUAUGGCGGUUGUUUAUCAGGAUUUGUGUCCUUUUUUCAGGACGGUGAUCCUCUAAUGAAGAACCUUUAUUGAUCCCCGCGGGCUGUUUGGGUACGUCUGAUUUGCUCCUUUAGUGAUGACAUGACCUGCCCUGCUGUUCAUCCCCCAACCCACUUUCCUCUUGAUGCUCAGCCUCCGGUUUAUCCCAGGAUGCUGCAACAAGAGCAGAGACAGAUGAGAGCAAAGCAUUCUAGUGAAUCACCCUAUUUAAAGAUUUUUAAGUAGAACAGUCCGGCGCUUUGAGGACUUGACCCAGGCCUCCCCUUCUCCCACCUCUUUCUACUUUCUCCCUCUUGGCCUCUGUCUUUCUCUCCCGCUGAGCUGCUCUUUCAACCUUGCUGACACAAAACAAACUCUAAAGCUUCUGAGCUGCAGCGUUAACCAGAUGGAACAGGCUCCCUGAUCUCCAGGGUUAUCUAAUGUUUUCACUUUUAAAACGAAGGCGGAUCCCCUCUACCCCAAGCCC